ACUUUCUAAUAAUGAUAGUACAUCAGAUUUAUAUAGCGUUUUAAAAGCCCCCCCUCUCCCUCUCCAGUGAAGGUGAAGGAGAAUGAGCUCCUCCCUGUGCUCUUAGAGGAAUUGCCCCACCUUCACAUCUCCCCCCAUGCCCUGGGUCAGAUGUGGGAGCAGCAGAUGCAGCAGGUGGACAGACUGCACGCCCUGUCAUCCCCUCACAGCCAGCGCCGCAGCAAACUCUCCAGCCAGGUGGAGGAAGCCCAGAGGAAACAUGACCUGCUGGUGGAGAUCAUCCGCAAAGAGCAGGACCACAACAGGCGCCUGAGGGACUUCAAAGAGCGUAUCCAGCAGCAGAAGUCGACCCAGAACAGACUGAGGGAACAGAGGCAGCAGAUAGCACGCGCCAAGAAGUACCACAGCGACUACCAUGUCCAGCACCGUGCCCGCCUGAUGAGGGCGCGCACCAAGGAGGAGAGGAUGUUUCGCCAGUUGUUUGAGGAGGGACUGGAGCUACAGAAGGUCCGGUUGAGAGAGCAGAAAGCCUACGCCAGGGAGCAGCGGCUGGAACAUCAGAGACGACACCAGGACCAGAUCAAGUCCAUGGAGAACUACUACAAGGACCAAUUUUCACUACUAGCUGAAAAACUUGCCCAAGAGCGGCAGGAGAUCCAGGUUCGGAAAAAAGCUCAAGAAAAGGCUCUGCUGAAGAUGAAGAGAGAGCUGCGUUCCAGGAUGGAGCGUGAGAUUGGUGAACUGCAGAAGAUCAUAAUCCAGAAUGAUGAGGACGACCAUUUCCAGGAUCUGGAGGUCCAGAGGCUGCGCAAUCGGGUCCAGAUGGCUUCCUUCCAGUACAACACUAGCUAUCUGAACUGAGCAGGGAAGCGAGACACAGGGCUGUUUUAAGCUCCGCUCAAUCAAGGCUGGAUUUACAUUAGAGGAACAUGCAGCAAGACACUUUGUUUCUUCCUAAAACAACUAAGGGUACGACAUUCUGACGGCUGAACAGUACGGUCUCCUCGGCAUCUUCCCUCAGAUUUGCACAGAAGAGGAAAUUCACAUUCUUAGAACUUAUACAAGUCCUGGUGAUUGAUUAUUAAUGAAGUGAACGUACUCUGACAAAAUGUAGCUUUUAGCUAAUGUAGCUAACUUCCUCUCACCUCAGCUGCUAUACCUGAACUUAACGACACCUUGGACUAAGUCCCCUUCUUCCAUGGGUUUUAGUACUUGAUAACUAAGAAUGUUUUUAAAAUGGCUCCCUCACUGUGCAGUAUGUGUGCUGAUAUUGUAGCAAACUAUUAAAAAUGUUCUUCCUUUUGCCAAAUUGGGACCGCAGAUGCAACGUUACCAAGUAUUAAUGUCCCACACUGACAGAUUUUAAACCAUUUUUUCCCUUAUAUGUGCGAUGUCUUCCUUUAAUGAUUUAACCAUGCCAGUGGAUUAUUUAUUUUGUAACUUUAAUGUUUGAUUUUUAACUUACCUGGUGAUGUGCUGUCUGAUCUCCAGGGGCGAUGAUAAUCAGUCUUUCAUGACUUCUCCUUUUCCUCAACUCAAUUGUGAUGGUUUUUAACUCUCAGCCAGAACUAAAGAUAAUGGUAGUUUUAAACCAAUACAAAGGGUUGCAAUGUGUCUACUGAUUUUGUAUGUAAUGAGCACACAAAUGCCCCGUCAUCAUCCAAUAAAAGUGUAGGCUCACUCA